AUGUCAGUUUGGAAUCAGUCGUUCCCUCCCGCGCCGAAGUUCACGGACAAGGAAUGUGGGGAUCUGUCAGGAAAGGUAUUCAUUGUUACCGGCGGAGCUUCUGGAGUGGGCCGUGAGCUAGUCAACAUCUUGUUCGCGAAAAAUAGUAUCGUGUAUGUUGCUGCACGAUCCGAGACCAAAGCUCGGGAUACCAUUUCAUGGUGCGAGGCAGAGCACCCGAGCUCCAGUGGAAAGGUGAAGUUUCUUCAUUUGGACUUGGACGAUCUAUCAGGAAUCAAAAAAUCUGCCGAAGAGUUCUUGGCAAAUGAAACCCGCCUGGAUGUGCUUUGGAACAAUGCCGGCGUCAUGAUGCCGCCAGAGGGGAGUAAAACGAAGCAGGGCUAUGAGCUUCAAAUGGGCACAAAUUGUCUGGGUCCUUUCCUCUUCACCCAAUGCUUACUGCCGAUCCUUAAACGAACAGCGGCUACUGAGCCAAAGGGCUCCGUGCGGGUAGCUUGGGCCGGAUCGUUAAUGAUCGACUUGGGUGCCCCCUCCGGUGGAAUUGAUAUGGAGAACAUCACUUGGUCGAAAAAAGACGGGAAUAAGCGAGACAAAUAUGCCCAGAGCAAAGUGGCAAACAUGUUCCUGGCCUCAGAAUUUGCCAAGAGGACUCAAGGCGACGGAGUUAUUCAUGUUGGAUUCAAUCCUGGCAAUCUGAAAAGUCCUUUGCAAAGACAUAUGGGAACUAUUACGAACGCCCUGACCGGAUGGAUGCUCCAUCAUCCCAAGUUCGGUGCCUUUACUGAACUAUACGCCGGCUUGUCACCCGAUAUCCAACCCGAACAGAAUGGCUCAUACGUGAUCCCGUGGGGCAGACUGCAUGUCCCGAGGAAAGAUUUAGUAGAUGCUAUGAAGAGCCGGGAAGAAGAUGGUACCGGGAUCGCUGCCGCGUUUUGGGACUGGUGCAAAAAUGAGACCGCACAAUAUGAAUAG